AUGGAUCUUGGGCUGUCACUUCAGGCUUCAUCAUCUAUGGAUCUGACGGCUUAUUCUGACGCCGAUUGGGCCGGCUGCCCUGACACGCGCCGCUCGACCUCUGGUUAUUGCGUCUAUCUUGGACCAUCACUUAUCUCCUGGUCGUCCAAGCGGCAGCCCGUUGUCUCCCGCUCCAGUGCUGAAGCGGAGUACCGCGCCGUUGCCAACGUCGUCGCCGAGUGUUCCUGGCUUCGUCAGCUUCUGCAUGAGCUCUUGUCUCCGGUUGACAAGGCCACGAUUGUCUACUGUGACAAUGUUUUUCUGCGGUCUACCUCUCUGCCAACCCGGUUCAUCAUCGACGCGCCAAGCACAUUGAGAUUGAUAUCCAUUUUGUUCGCGAACAGGUAG